GUGGGUUGAGCUUCAGCGCUGUUUCUCUGAUCUGCUCAUUAGUGUUUAAAAGUUGUUAGACAUGAGAAAUCGCGCUCCGGGGAACUUUAUUUCACUUCACUUGCUUUGAGAAUUUGCUAGAAACUUUUCUGGACAUUUGAGGAGAAGAAUGGAGCCCAUAACAAAGUGGACAGCGGCUCAGGUUGUGGACUGGAUCCGAGGGCUGGAUGACAGCCUCCAGCAGUAUAUCUCCAACUUCGAGAGAGAGAAGAUCAGUGGAGAGCGGCUGCUGAAGAUUUCCCAUCAGGAGCUGGAGGAGCUAUCGGUGACCCGCGUCGGACAUCAGGAGCUCAUUCUGGAGGCAGUGGACCUGCUCUGCGCUUUGAACUGUGGCGUGGAGACUGAUAACUUGAAGACUCUGGUUGGUCAGAUGCGAGCAGCAUCCAAUAACUUGCAGAACUGUGCAUCGGAGCGUAGGAAAAACCCUUCGUACGAUGGAGGAAGUCCAAACAAACCACCAAACGUGUUCCUCACUGCUGUGGUGGAGCUGAUCGGGGCUGCCAAGAGCAUGCUGGCCUGGCUGGACAGAUCUCCUCUCACAGGAGUCAGUGAUUUCACAACGACCAAGAACAAGAUCAUUCAGCUGUGUUUAGAGCUCACCACGACUGUCCAGAAGGACUGCACUGUUUUUGAAAUGGAGGAGAAGAUAUUAGAAGUGUCACAGGUUUUGACAGGCAUUUGUGAUUCCACCAUGAGAAUGACUUCUGACCCCUUGAAGACCCAAGUGACCUGUUUGGAGGAGGUACCCAUCAGCAAUAUCAAACCUGGCGAGGGACUGGGAAUGUAUAUCAAAUCCACUUACGACGGGCUGCACGUCAUCACCGGAACCACGGAAAAUUCUCCAGCAGACAGAACUCAGAGGAUCCACGCAGGCGAUGAGGUGAUCCAAGUCAACAAGCAAACAGUGGUGGGCUGGCAGUUGAAGAAUCUGGUGGAGAAGCUCAGGGAAGACCCUCAAAAUGUGACCCUGAUGGUGAAGAAAAGACCGUCGGGAACCUGCAGCUUCACUCCUGCACCACUGAAGAACAUGCGCUGGAGACCCCCCGUCAUCCAGAGCCCAUCGUUUGUGCCUGCCACCCAGUCAUCCAGACAUCCUGUGCAAAUGUCUAUCAGGCGGCCGGAGAAACCUGCCAUUUUAGAUCUGUAUAUUCCUCCUCCUCCUUCAGUGCCCUAUAGCCCACGAGAUGCAGAGAAGAGUGAAUAUGCAGGAGUGAAGAUGAGACCGAAAGGUUCAGAAUCUCCAAACUCAUCUCUAGAUUUAGCUAAUAGACGGCGCUCAAAUAUCAGCGACUACAACAAUAAACCUACAGUACAGCCAGCUGAAGCCGCCGUCCCACAAGCACGAAUGAGACAGCGAACCCCAUCAAGAGGAAAGCCUCGUCCCGUGUCCAUGCCGGUAGACACUUGCCUGGGCAUGUCGGACUCUCCAUCCAGACCCUGGGCUCUCGGUAGAAAAGGUGAUGAGCUGUUGCACAGGUAUCUGAGCAACGAGCAGAUCCCCACCAUCUCGGAGGAGUCCCCCUGUUACCCCCUCCCCUAUCGGCCAGCAGGAGAGCGGCAGCUGGUGCGAGGGGUGGACCACAUCCGAGGCAGCCAGUGCUUCAUCAAUGCUGACCUGCACAACAGCGCCACCAUCCCCUACCAGGAGGCAGUCGCUCGCAAACCUGCCUCCAAAUCCUCUAAGAGACCCCCGUCUGAACCUUCGGUCUUCAGCAGCUGGAUCGCCCGACUCAAGCUGCUCACACACUGAAGCCCCGCGCCGGCCGGCUGGCUGCUGAUGUUCACAGUGUUACCUGGAUUGGGUUUGAGCAGUGUUAAAGACGCUCCUCGCUGAAACGCCUGCUACUCUCGUCAGCAUUAAAGACACUACUGAAAAA